UUUAAUAUUUGAACUUGACCUCCAAUUUUAUCGGAACGGCCCUGACCACACACAAUCGAGACUCCCUCCCUCCAACAAUACUCCCCUUUCUAUUUAAAUUUCCUCGAAUUGAAAGCUUCCCACAGAUUAAUUGCCAAGAGAUUUCUUGAACCUUUUGAGGAGCGAAGCUAGACCAACUAGCAUUCAAAAGAGUAGGAGAAAGAAGUCUACCUACUCAGAUACACACGUAUUUAUUGCUUAAGAAGUUUACCUAAUUGAAAAGCACAUUCAUCACCUUCUUAUCUGUAAAGAAAAGAAAAUGGAAACUGUGGAAACACUUCACAUGAACAAAGGAGUUGACGAAACUAGCUAUGCCAUGAACUCUUUCCUCCAGAGGAAGAUAAUAUUAUUGACAAAUCAAGCAACAAAGAAAGCUAUUGUGGAAAUUCUAUGCUCAACAAAACGAUGGCCAAUAAUGAAGAUGGGAAUUGCUGACUUAGGUUGCUCAUCCGGACCUAAUGCCUUAAGUGUAAUUUCAGAAAUAGUUGAAGCUAUAAAUGAAACCUCAAGCAUGAUGAAUCAAACAGCACCAAAGGAACUAAUGUUGUAUAUGAAUGACCUUUUCACCAAUGACUUCAACAACAUUUUUGCUUCUUUGCCAUCUUUUCACAAAAAACUAAGGCAAGACAUGGGAUACAAUAAUCAUGAUAAUCACAAUGGUUCUAAUUGUUUUGUUUCUGCUGUACCGGGCACUUUUUAUGGUAGACUCUUCCCAACUAAGUCCCUUCAUUUUGUGCACUCUUCUUCAAGCCUCCAUUGGCUUUCUCAGGUUCCACGUGGUUUGGAGGAUGAAAGAGGGAAAGGGUUGAACAAAGGAAAACUAUACAUAUCAAAGAGCAGUCCCAAUUGUGUGCUAAAAGCUUAUUCACAACAAUUUAAAAAUGAUUUUUCACAGUUUCUUGAGUCACGUUCUCAAGAAAUGGUGCAUGGGGGACGAAUGGUCCUUUCUUUUAUGGGCAGAGAAUCCAUGGACCCAACAUCACCCAACUGUUGCUAUCAAUGGGAACUUUUAGCACAGGCUCUUAUGACUUUGGUUUUAGAGGGUCUUGUUGAAGAAGAAAAGGUGGAUUCUUUUAACGCUCCUUACUAUACACCUUGUUUUGAAGAAUUGAAAAUGGAGAUUGAAAAGGAAGGGUCGUUCAUGGUAGAUUCUCAUGAAGCUUAUGAAAUUGAUUGGGAUACUGGGAUAGAAUUGCAAAGUGGUGGUGAUACAAUGUCAAGUGGAGAACGAGUUGCAAAGACCUUAAGGGCUGUGGUUGAGUCCAUGUUGGAAUAUCAUUUUGGGAGUCAUAUAAUGGAUGAGUUGUUUCAAAGGUAUGCUAAACAUGUGGAGGAUCAUUUGUCCAAAACUAGAACCAAAUGCAUCAAUUUGGUCAUUUCUCUUGUCAAGCGACAAUGAAACACAAACAAUCAUGUGUAUUUGUUUUAUAAAAGUUGGGAGAAUCCAACUUCAAUAAUGUUUGAUAAUAUCUAGCA